CACGCUUGUCAAAAACCAUUUUGACGUAGGAAUUUUGACAAGCCAAGUGUCCGAUUUUCCGUCGUGUUUUUGGGGGCUUUCCACGCCUGAGGAAAACGACACGUUCGCAACAAUACGACCUUAGGAACCGUCCCGCUGUUUUAUGAUAGUGAAAACCGGACCGAAAUAAAAUGUCGGCGAAAGCGAUCAGAGAAGCGACCGGCAAGGAUAUAAUCAACAGAAACUUGGGCGAUGGUACCGCCUGUGAGCCUUGCACCUUCGUCUCCAUCGACGACACAAACUUCAACAGCUGGAACGACAUAGUGAGCAAAAAUCAAUGGUUGAACGGCAAAAAAUUGGUCGUUAAACCUGAUCAGUUGAUCAAACGUCGUGGUAAGCUAGGUUUGAUCGCUGUCAACAAAGACCUGAACGAGGUGAAGCAAUGGAUCGCCGACAGGAUGAACAAGGACCAAGUGGUUGGUCCAGCCACUGGUAAACUCAGGAAUUUCAUCAUCGAACCUUUCGUCAAACACAGGGAAGACGAAGAGUUCUACGUUUGCAUUUACUCCCACCGUUUUGCUGACACAAUCCUCUUCUAUCACCAAGGAGGAGUAGACAUUGGUGAUGUUGACAGCAAAGCCGUCAAGUUGGACGUACCGGUAGACAAAAGCACAGUAACCGAAGAAGAAAUCGUCUCCAAAUUACUAGGAGAAGUAUCGGCAGCCAAAAAAUCAAUGACGGGCAAAUUCAUUUACAACUUAUACAAAAUGUACGUAAACCUGCACUUCACCUACCUAGAAAUCAACCCCUUAGUGGUCACCGACAAGGAAAUCUACAUCCUCGACCUGGCAGCCAAGUUGGACGCCACCGCCGACUUCGUGUGCCGCCCGCAGUGGGGCGAAAUCGACUACCCACCGCCCUUCGGGCGCGACGCCUACCCCGAAGAGGCCUACAUCGCAGACCUGGACUCCAAGUCCGGCGCCAGCCUUAAACUGACAAUCCUGAACAAGUCCGGCAGGAUCUGGACGAUGGUGGCCGGAGGUGGCGCCUCGGUUAUCUACAGCGACACCAUCUGCGACUUGGGCGGCACCUCGGAGUUGGCCAACUACGGCGAAUACUCCGGCGCUCCCUCCGAACAACAGACCUACGAAUACGCCAAGACGAUCCUGUCGCUGAUGACCCAGGAGAAACACCCGCAAGGCAAAGUCCUGAUUACUGGGGGAGGCAUUGCCAACUUCACCAACGUUGCUGCCACCUUCAGAGGAAUUAUCACCGCCUUGGUGGAGUUCAGGGAACGUCUGGUGGACCACAAGAUCUCCAUAUUCGUGCGAAGAGCCGGCCCCAACUACCAAGAGGGUUUGAGGCGUAUGAGAGAGGUGGGGCAGACUCUGGGUAUUCCCCUGUACGUCUUCGGUCCCGAAACCCACAUGACCGCCAUUUGUGGCAUGGCCUUGGGCACCAGGCCUAUUCCGACUGAAAACAAAGUGGAGCACUCGACCGCUAAGUUCUUGUUGCCCAGCGGCGACAAGGACAACAAAUCUAAAGCUUCAGUACAAAAGGAGACUGUCGUACCUCAAGUUCAUGCAGGGGGAAAAACAGACCAAGUAGAUUGUAGUAUCCAGUGCACAAGCCAGGCGACCGCCCACGUGAGCGCGACCGAACCAAUGUUCACAAACAAAACGAAAGCCAUAGUAUGGGGAAUGCAGACCAGGGCGGUGCAGAGCAUGCUCGACUUCGACUUCGUGUGCAGCCGCACCGAGCCCAGCGUGGUGGCUAUCAUCUACCCCUUCACCGGCGACCACAAGCAAAAGUACUACUGGGGACACAAGGAGAUCCUGAUCCCUGUUUACAAGCGCAUGAGCGACGCCAUGGAGAAGCACCCUGACGCCGACGUGCUGGUGAACUUCGCCUCCCUGCGUUCCGCCUACAGCAGCACCUUGGAGUGCCUCAACUUCCCUCAGAUCAGAACAAUUGCCAUCAUAGCCGAGGGUAUACCCGAGAAUUACACCAGAAAGUUGAUUCACGCCGCCAACAAGGCUAAGGUGACCAUUAUUGGCCCAGCAACUGUUGGUGGAUUGAAACCGGGUUGCUUCAAGAUCGGUAACACCGGAGGCAUGAUGGAUAACAUCCUGCACUCCAAACUGUACCGUCCCGGAAGCGUGGCCUACGUCUCCAGGUCCGGUGGUAUGUCCAACGAGUUGAACAACAUCGUUUCCCACCACACAGACGGUGUGUACGAAGGCGUAGCCAUAGGAGGUGACCGUUACCCUGGCAGCACCUUCAUGGACCACAUCAUGCGUUACCAAGCCGACAAGAACAUCAAAAUGAUCAUAUUGUUGGGUGAGGUUGGUGGUACCGAGGAGUACGAGGUGUGCAAGGCCCUCCAAACUAAGCAAAUCAACAAGCCUUUGGUUGCCUGGUGUAUUGGAACGUGCGCCAGCAUGUUCACUGCUGAAGUACAAUUCGGACACGCCGGCUCUUGCGCCAACUCCAACCAGGAGACCGCCACCGCCAAGAAUGCAGCUUUGAAGGCGGCUGGUGCCUACGUACCUGAUUCUUUCGACACUCUCGGCGACGUAAUUCACGAGGUCUACCAAAAAUUGGUGUCGCAAGGUGUUAUCGUGCCAGCCCAAGAAGUACCACCACCGACUGUACCCAUGGACUACAGUUGGGCGAGAGAAUUGGGUCUAAUCAGAAAACCAGCGUCGUUUAUGACUUCAAUCUGUGACGAAAGAGGACAAGAGUUGAUUUAUGCUGGUAUGCCCAUUUCGGACGUCUUACAAAAGAACGUAGGAAUUGGUGGAGUCGUUUCCCUCCUCUGGUUCCAAAGAUGUUUGCCCCCGUACGUGUGCAAGUUCUUCGAAAUGUGCCUGAUGGUGACCGCCGACCACGGUCCGGCCGUGUCCGGCGCCCACAACACCAUUGUGUGCGCCCGUGCCGGCAAAGACCUGGUCUCCAGUUUGGUCUCGGGUCUGCUGACGAUCGGUGACCGUUUCGGCGGUGCCCUCGACGGCGCAGCCAAGCAAUUCAGCGAAGCCUACGACACCGGCAUGCAGCCCACCGAAUUCGUCAACCACAUGAGGAACAAGGGACAACUGAUCAUGGGCAUCGGCCACAGGGUCAAGAGCAUCAAUAAUCCGGACCAACGUGUGAAAAUCGUCAAGGAGUUCGUGCUGGCCAACUUCCCCGCCACCCCACUGCUGAAAUACGCCCUGGAGGUGGAAAAGAUCACCACCAGCAAGAAGCCCAACUUGAUUUUGAACGUGGACGGUGUCAUAGCCACCUCGUUCGUCGAUAUGUUGAGGCAUUGCGGCAGCUUCACCAGCGAAGAGGCUCAGGAGUACAUCAACAUCGGAGCCAUCAAUUCGCUGUUUGUUUUGGGACGUUCGGUCGGAUUUAUCGGCCACUACAUGGACCAGAAACGUUUGAAACAGGGAUUGUACAGGCACCCGUGGGACGACAUCUCUUACGUCUUGCCCGAACAGUACAACAAUUAAAUUUUAUGAAUUUUUUAAUUCGUUUAGAGACACCAAAAGUUAAUAUUGCACAGUAAUUGUUGUAACUGUUGACUUUUAUGUUUUAGUGACGAUCUGUUUGUUGGAUGAUUUGUUUUAGGUCUUUAGGUUUUUUUAUUUAUUGUUCGUCAACGAAUGUUUAUAUAUUUUUGUAAUAUUUAUAUUCAUUUAAGGUACAAGUCUGAUGUAAGCUUAAAUAAAAUUGUUUUAUGAUUGA